AUGCGCUUCUCCCUCGCUACCAUUUCGUUCUACGCAGCCCUGGUCCUCGGCCAGGAGAAUGCCAUCAACAUUCCCAGCGGCGAGUCUACGCUGGACGUCACCGCUGGCCAGCCCACUACCAUCACUUGGACCAACCCCUCUGAUGGCACCGUGACCAUCCGCCUGCAGUACUCUGGCACAGACCAGCUGGCUGACAGCGGUAUCGUCGUUGCAUCUUCCGUUCCUGCCGCGGCCGGUAGCGCAUCAUUCACCAUCCCUGCCGAUGCAGUAACUGCCGACGGCUCAUAUACCCUCCGCAUCACUGACGACGAGGACCCAAAUAACUUCAACUUUGCUCCUGCGUUCACUGUCGCUGGUGCGGAGGGAACUGCCUCCCUUCCUGCGUCCUCGGGCGCAUCCACUGCCUCCGGCUCCUCCACCGCUAGCGGAAGCAGCACCACUGACGCUUCUACCACUACCGACUCCACCUCAAGCGCCACUGACAGCUCCACCACCGACGAUAGCAGCACCAGCUCGACCAGUUCGCAGUCAUCACGCACCAGCAGCAGCACUGCUGCCGCCGAAACUACCGAAGCACCUGACAGCGGGAACGGCGCCAUUGGGCUACAGGUGCAGGGCGGUUUGGUCGCUGCCGCGGCCGUAGUCGCCGCUAUGCUGUAA